GUGCCGGAGGCUUCGGUGACCKCUUGCUCCUGUGCUCCCGCGUGGCCGGCAUGGCGCUGGUGCUGGCUCUCCUCAGGCGGGUGCUGGAGUACCUCGGCUGGCCGGAGCACCAGGCUGUGUUUUUGGAAACUCGUAGAUUCAGCUGCAAUAUCGGUCGCACAAUCAGAACGUGCCUUCCUUCAGCAGCCUCAUCAAGAAGGCAUUUCCAGCAGCUUUGUGCCAUCCUAAGGAACUAUCAGGUCAAGGUUGUAUCUGUUUGUCAAAGAAARGAAUAUGGACCAACUCGAAGUGUUGUUCGCAGACUUGGCACAAUUCUUUCCUUAGAGCCUUGCCCAAGACCUUAUUUUCAACUUGCUCAAGACCCAAGUCCAUUGGAUUAUGAACAAAGCACAGCUCCAACUCCUGCAGUUCCAUCACUUGGUGAUGUCCUGUGGGUGGCAAACGAUGAGGGACAAGCAUUUGCUAAAUCCAGGACUGAGUUGUGGAGAAAAGAAAAAAGUACAGUUCACCAUGACCUACGUUCCUCUGUGGUUUCCAUACAAAGUGUACCAAAAAACAGUACACAAAAAGACAGUAUUGUUGACCAAGAAGCACUGCAGAAGAUUUCUGCACUUGAAGAUGAGUUGGUCUUUCUUCGUGCCCAAAUUGCUGCGAUUGUUGCUGGACAGACACUAGGAAGUGUUCCAUCACAAACCUUUAAGACAUUUAGCAUCCCAGAUGGAUUUUACCCAGUGCCAGCAAUGACUUCCACACCCUUGUCGAUCUCUCACAAUCACUUUGUCAUUCCCUCACCUCCUCCACUGCCCUCUGGGACAGCAUCUGGUGUUGAYGCCAGUAUUUCAGCCGUUGAACUUAUAAAACAACGUCGUGCUGCAAGAAAGAGCAGUUCAACUACUACUGAUAGUGCUGAUAACCAGAGGACAAAGAAUGUUCCUAGUAUGAUGGAUGUUUUGAAAGAUCUAAAUAAGGUUCAGCUGAAAGCUAUUGAGAGGUCACCUGGAGGUACCCCACUUUCUAAACCUAAAAAGAGACGGAGUUCAGAUUGGGAUCCAGUUGCUCUGCUGACUCAUGCACUUCAGAAGAAAUUUGCRCAUAAAAACGAUGAUGAAGAUGAUUCCUUGGACAAAGAAAAUCGAUCCUUCGAUAGCUCCCCAUUUUCUAGUCCAGAGAUUCCAUUGGUAGGACGUUGCAGUCUGAAGCCCAGUGCAAAAUCCAGCCUCCUAAGAACUGAUGAAGUUAAACAGAUGUCAACGUGGAAAGUGAAAGCCCAUAUUUAAUUGGUAGUGACUUCUGAGGGAAGUAUAUAGYGUGUGUAUGUAAGUGGCAGGCCCACUUGAUGAAACUGCUGUAGUCCGUUCUAGAAUGUGCCUCCUGUGCUGCUGAAUUUGCUAGGAUCUGUAAAAGUCGCUUACCUUAGUUACCCAGCAGCCAAACUUGUGAAUGUGAUGCUUUUUGGGAAAAGCACACAACCGGAAGACAGAUAUUUUUAUCAUGGUGCAGUAUGCUGGAAACCUGGGAAGUGCAGGAUGUAUGAAAGAAGUAAUACUUCGUGUGGCAGCUGAAUUGUGUAUCAUGUCUACACUUCUGUGUAAAUAAUGAAGAGAUGUGAACUUUUGGUUAGUGUACAAUGUAUAACAAUGUGUAUAAUGGUCAUUAAYACUGCAUGUUCAUUAGUGUGAUAUAGUUUACAGCUCCAUAUUCUGUGUGCAAGAGGUACUCUUAAUUUAUUGUGGGUCAGUAGAAAAACCUUUGAAAACUGAAGCUUUGUCUUCCUUUAAGUCAUGGUCAAGCAGCCUAUUUAAUGCCCACAAUAUGGGAGCGUUGUGUUUUGAGGAAAACAAACAAACUUUGGAGCAAGACUUGAUAGCACAAGGGUAGUCUGAAUUUCGUUAUGUACAUGAACAUUAACUGCACUGUUAUGAAGACUCCUGUUCAGAGUUCAUGAAUUUAUAAAAAUUUUCCCUUAUAUCAUGGAUAUGUAUGGUAAUAUCCUUUUGUCUUGCAGACUUUUUUUUUGUAUCUUAAGAGCUGACAGUUUUUGACAAUUGAUUAAAUAAUUGUAUUACCUAAAA